CUACAGAAGUCCCAUUGUGAAAAAGGCUUCAAUAGUCUUAUUGCAUAUAAUUCCCUUUCAUUUCUUGAUCUUUGGAUGUUCAUGGGUCAUGCCUGGUUCGUGCUUCAUUAGCCUUAUUGCAUUUGAGCCCCCCCCCCUUGAGGAUACCAGCUUCUUACUUCUUGCCAGGGAAUGAGUAAGCUGCUGUUUCUGCCAUUUGUUGAAGCAUCAGAGUAACGUUUGUUACACCAACUGUUUAAGCCAGAUACUUAAUAUUAGAAGAGGGAAGGAUGACUGCAGGGAGAGAUAUGGCAAGUCAAGAGCUGCCCAAAAAAAGGGUGGCGUUUGUGUUGAUUGAUGGGUUGGGUGAUGUGUCAUUGCCAAUGUUCGAAUGCAAGACUCCUCUUCAGGCUGCAAAAGCCCCCUGCUUGGAUGCCAUAGCAUCAGCUGGAGUUAACGGACUUAUGGACCCUGUUGAAGUAGGCUUAGCUUGUGGAAGUGAUACAGCUCACCUCUCCUUGCUGGGCUAUGAUCCUAGAGUUUAUUAUCGUGGUCGAGGUGCAUUUGAAUCCAUGGGAGCUGGACUGGCAAUGUCACCUGGUGAUAUUGCUUUUAAGUCGAAUUUUGCUACUCUGGAUCAGAAAACUGGAAUAGUCACCAGUAGGAGGGCUGACAGGCACUUUGAAGAAGAAGGUCCCAUACUGUGUUCAGCCCUCGAUGGAAUGAAGCUUCCUUCUUUCCCACAAUAUGAAGUCAGAGUCAGGUAUGCAACAGAGCAUAGAUGUGGAGUGGUUGUCAAAGGACCAAAUUUGAGUGGAAACAUAUCAGGAACUGAUCCAUUGAAGGACAACCGCUUACUUUUGAAAGCAGAAGCUUUAGAUGAUUCUGAUGAAGCAAGGAAUACUGCAGCUGUUGUUAAUGAGUUGUCCAAUGAAAUAACUAAGAUUCUAGUUUCUCAUCCUGUGAAUGCUAAACGUGUUGCAGAAGGGAAGAACAUAGCUAAUGUAGUUCUAUUAAGAGGUUGUGGUAUUCGAAUUGAGGUUCCUCCAUUUGUAAACAAACAUGGUUUGUGGCCAUGCAUGGUAGCUCCCACAAAAAUAAUUGCUGGCCUGGGAUUAUCACUUGGUAUUGAUAUUCUUGAAGCUCCUGGAGCGACUGGAGAUUAUCGAACAUUACUCACUUCAAAAGCAUUAGCAAUAGCCAACGCACUCUCAGCUCCAUUGAAGUCUCGUCCUCAAGUGUUUGUGCCUGGAGGGGAUGAGCAUAAAGCUGGCCGGUCAGAGGGCUAUGAUUUUGGAUUUCUUCACAUCAAGGCAAUAGAUGAUGCAGGACAUGAUAAGGCAAGUGUUCUCAAGGUCAAGGCGUUAGAAGCUGUAGAUCGAGCAAUAGCACAGAUGGCAAGACUCCUCUGGGAGGCAGAAUCCACUGGAAAUUUUCAGUUCAUCCUUUGUGUCACCGGAGACCACUCUACUCCAGUUGAAUAUGGAGAUCACAGCUUCGAACCAGUCCCAUUUGCAAUGUGUCGGCUGAAAGAUUUUGUCAGUGCCAUUGGUGAGAACACCAUAAGUGAAACUUCUCUUGACCCAUUUCCUCUUCCAAGUGUUAAAGCUGGUGAGGAUUUAACCAGUGAUUUGAAAAUAGAACAAGAGGCAAGAGAUAAAAGAUGUCAAUCUUACAGCGGUGAUUCGGUUUAUGAGUUUAACGAGAUAGCAGCAGCAAGGGGAUGCCUCGGUCGAUUCCCUGGUGGUGAGAUGAUGGGAGUUAUAAAGAAAUUCCUCACCCUUGAUGCUGCUAAAGAAUUGAAGAGUUAACUGUAGUUCAUGGCUUUCUUAUAACUUAAAAGCAACCUGUUUCUGUUUUCUUUUUGUAUUUUGUGGUGACAUUUUUCCCUUUCUUCUUCUUGCUUUGAAAGCAAGUUGUGAUUUCAGUUUCUUCAUAACUUUAGAAUAUAUGAGAUUGUAGAACAAGAAUUUCUUUCCAUUAAAACAGCAAUGUAAAAUCAGCCUAAAAUAAACUUAUCUGAAACGUGUUUUUGGUUUUGUCUGUU